CAGCCCCAGGCAAGAGGGGUUUUUUGCCGACUCUAGGUGCAUCAGUCUCUUGAUAAGGGGAGCUCUUGAAGCCCCCCUCCUAUAACGCUCUCCUGGCCGAAGGAGGCAGCCGAGGGAGGGGGGCCGCGUGGAGAAGCCCACGGGGGAAACUCCUUGGAGCCAUGGAGCCAAAGCACCGGGAGCUGCUUGCUCAUUGUCAGCAGAGCCUGGCUCAGGCCAUGACUGAAGUGGAAGCCGUCCUGGGGUUACUGGAGGCGGCCGGAGCCCUGAGUGCAGGGGAUCGCAGGCAGCUGGAAGAGGAGACGGCCGCUGCUGGAGGGACUGGGGGCCCAGGGGCCAAGGCGGAGCUGCUGCUCAAACUCCUGCUCUCUAAGGAGCGAGACCACUUCCAGGACCUUCGGGUGGCCCUGGAGAAGACCCAGCCUCACCUGCUCCCCAUCCUUUACCUGAACGGAGUGGCAGGGGCCCCUCAGCCCUCGGAGGGUGCAGGAUCCACUUACAGUGUCUUGUCCAUCAUGCCCUCGGACUCAGAAAGCAGCAGUUCUCUCAGCAGUGUGGGUACAACUGGAAAGGCGUCUUCUCCUCCACCUCCCAGCAUGGAGAGCAGACAGGCAAACGAGAAAGUGGAGACUCUUCUGAUUCAGUUGAGGCUGAUCACCCGAGAGAGGGAUGAGCUGAGGAAGCGCCUGGCCCUCUCAUCUCCUGGUUCGACUUUCGAUGAUUGCAGGCCAUACCACAAGCUGAACCCUGACUAUGAGAGACUCAAGAUUCAGUGCAUGAGGGCUAUGUCAGAUCUGCAGUCCCUCCAGAACCAGCAUACUAAGACCCUGAAGAGAUGUGAGGAGGUAGCCAAAGAGGCUGACUUUUAUCACACUCUCCACAACCGACUCCUGAGCGAUCAGGCUCAACUGAAAGAGGAUGUGGAUACUUUGAGGCGGGAGAACGGGCAGCUGCUCCGGGAGCGGAACCAUCUGCAGCAGUCCUGUGAAGACAUGAAGCGGCUUCGAGAGGAAGACCAGAAGGAGAUCACUGACCUUCGGGCCCAGCAGCAGCAGGUUUUGAAGGAGAACGGUUCAUCAGAAAUCCUUAACACGCUGUAUGACACAGCCAUGGGGAAGCUGGAGGGACUAAAGAAGGACUAUGAUGGAUUGAGAAAGCGGUACAACGAGAAGGUCGCUAACCACAACACUGACCUGAGCCGGCUGGAGCAGAUGGAAGAGGAAAACAGGCGCCUGCAGAAACAGACAGACACACUGGUGAAACAGAGAGACACAUCCAUCCACUUCCAGCAACAAUACUCCUUAUCCCUAAGGCGCUUUGAGUCCAUGCAGCAGGAUUUGAACAAGGCAACACUCCAGAACAAGGAGCUUCAGCGGGAAAUGGAGCGCCUACAGUCGGAGGUGACCCGGUUGAGGGCCAUGCAGCUGAAAGCCCUGAAGGAUGCGGAGAAAUACAAGGAGGAGCGGGACUCUGUCUUUAAUGAGUAUCAACUCAUCAUGAGUGAAAGGGACCAGGUCAUCAAGGAGCUAGACAAACUUCAGACAGAACUGGAGCUGGCAGAAUCCAAACUGAAGAACACCACCUCUGAAAAAAGGGUGGCCAGUGAGGAGAUGGAGGCUCUGAGACAGAUACAGGAUUCAGCAACCCUGGACAUUGAGAGAGCCAACAAAGAAAUUGAAAUGCUCCGGAAGCAGUACGAGGCCAUGUCCCAGGAGCUCAAGGAAGCCAUCCAAGAGGCAGAAGUGGCAAAAUGUAGGCGAGAUUGGGCCUCAGAGCGGGACAAGAUUGUGGCAGAGAGGGAGAGCAUAAGGACUUUGUGUGACAACCUACGGCGUGAGCGGGACCGGGCAGUGAGUGACCUUGCUGAAGCUUUGCGCAACUUAGAUGAUAUGAGGAAACAGAAGAAUGAUGCUGGCAGAGAGCUUAAGGAGCUGAAAGAAAAGAUGGAAAACCAGCUGGAAAAGGAAGCCCGUUUCCGGCAGCUGAUGGCUCAUAGUUCCCAUGAUUCAGCCAUCGACACAGAUUCUAUGGAGUGGGAAACGGAAAUAGUAGAAUUUGAAAAGGACAGAGAGGACAUGGAUUUGAAGGCACUUGGAUUUGAUGUGGCAGAAGGUGUGAAUGAACCCUAUCUCCCUGGGGAUUGUGGCAUUUUUGUCACUAAAGUAGACAAGGGAAGCAUUGCAGAUGGUCGAUUAAGGGUGAAUGAUUGGCUGCUCAGAAUCAAUGAUGUGGACCUUACCAACAAGGAUAAGAAGCAGGUGGUGAAGGCUGUUCUCAGUGGUGGAGGGGUCAUUAACAUGGUGGUCCGGAGAAGGAAGUCCUUGGGAGGGAAAGUGAUAACACCACUCCACAUUAAUCUGGCUGGACACAAAGAGAGUGGUAUCAGUCUAGAGAAUGGCGUGUUUGCUGCUGCUGUUGUUCCUGGAAGUCCUGCUGCUAAAGAAGGAUCCCUUACAGUGGGAGACAGGAUUAUUGCUAUUAAUGGCAUUGCACUAGAUAACAAGUCUCUGACUGAAUGUGAAUCCCUACUCCGGAACUGCCGGGAUUCCCUGACCCUCUCACUAAUGAAGGUGUUCCCUCAGAGCUCUUCAUGGAGUGGUCAGAAUAUUUUUGAGAAUCUCAAGGACUCAGAGAAAGUGUUGAACUGUAGGCUCCAUGGAUCUGAGGUCCAGGCUCAGAAUAAGCGGAACCUAACACAGCACAACAGUUCCACACAGACGGACAUUUUCCAUUUGGAGAACUUGGAGGACAAGAAGGAUCCGAGCACUCCCGGGAGUGGUGGGGGCUCCUUCUGUGAGCACAAACCCUUCCCUCGAGGGCCCUUGCAGGUCGUUGACCCUCAUCGGAGUUGCCACAGCGUCUCGGAGCACAGCCUUAGCUCCUUCAGCUCAGACCCCUAUGGGGAGCGUGGGUAUGGACUGGUGAACUUGGGCAGUCGGAGGAUGCUGCCUCCCUUUGAUACUGUCAUCGGGGACUGUGUCUUGGUGGGCUCCACAUUGGAAGAGGCAGGGUCGGGGAUGAAACACAGUGGUGGGACUUGGCCCAAGGUAAUGGUCAAUGCCUCUUCAGCAGAGACAGAGAAAUUCUCCGUCUAUAAGAAACCAAAGCAGAGGAAGUCAAUCUUUGACCCGGACACCUUCAAGCGCCCCCAGACACCUCCCAAAGUAGAUUACCUCUCCCCAGGCCCUGCCCCUGCUCAUUCUCCCCAGCCCUCCAAGCCAGAAGGGCCCCCAACUCCUCCCACCCCUCCCAAGAGGAGUGACUCCAUUAAGUUCAAACACAGACCACAGGAUAGCUCUGGUUCAGAGACCACGCUAGUCCCCAGCUCUCCUUCCACCAGCCCGCCAGCCAGCCAUCCCUCUGCACCAGCCCCUCUGGGGCUCAAACAAGACUCCCCACCUCACAAAGGCAGGGGGCGGAUUCCUCCUGGGCACUAUUACCGGGAAGAGGAGGGGGACUGUGCCCUCUUGCCGGGGAGGAAGGCCUGUGAAGAAGAUGGCAAUUUCCAGAGAGGGGACGAUUCGGAUCUGAAGCGACCCCGGCCCAAAUCAGCGCCAAUUCUUCGGCAUAAACUCACCCCAGUAACCAUUCCCAACCAGUCACUUCAGGCACAGAAAUACACUCCAGCUACUGAUGAACAUUUCACUCCAGAGCUCCAGGAGUGGAUCCCCUACUCUCCGAAACGUUCCUCCCGGCACAGUGAUGGCUUUGUCCCUAUUUACUCUGGUGGAGUAUCUGCAGGUACUGUCCCAAGGAAUUUAGCCCCAUGCCCUGCAGUGACUGCCAUCAUGAGGAACCCUAUCUACACGGCUUGGAGCCAUAGAGUUCACCCCAAUAGCUGCCAGUCUGCUGCCAGUCAGAUGCACCAUCAGCACUUGCAUCCCAGUGCACAACACCAGGGUCGCCUGAGCCUGGACCUAAGUCACAAACACUCCAGCGACUACUCAGAGACCUCAAGGACAAGGACCUCGCAUGGGUCCAAUUCAUUACCAUCUAGUGCCCGCCUCGGAUCUUCAAGUAACUUGCAAUUUCGGACAGAACGUAUCAAAAUCCCAUUAACACCAAGAUACCCUCGAUCUGUCAUGGGCUCUGACAGAGGUUCACUGUCUCACUCUGAAUGUAGCAGCCCCAGCCUGAUCACUCCUCCCCAGUCACCUCUGAACCUAGAGACCUCAUCCUUCGCCAGUAGCCAGUCCCAGAGCUCACUCUCCACGUUACCUAGGAUCGCUAUCAGCCCAGCAUCAAUAGGGGAGCGAAGGAAGGACAGGCCUUACAUGGAGGAGCCUCGCCAUGUCAAAGUGCAAAAGGGUUCAGAGCCACUGGGAAUUUCCAUAGUGAGUGGUGAAAAUGGUGGAAUCUUUGUUUCGAAAGUAACCGGAGGAAGCAUUGCUCACCAAGCUGGCCUAGAGUAUGGAGAUCAGUUACUGGAGUUCAAUGGCAUCAACUUGAGAAAUGCGACAGAGCAACAGGCACGGCUGAUCAUCGGUCAGCAGUGUGACACCAUCACUAUCCUGGCUCAGUAUAACCCCCACAUGUAUCAGCUUGGCAAUCACUCCCGGUCCAGCUCUCGACUGGAGCCUGUGAGCUCUCAUUCCAACCCACAGGGCAGUGGGUCUGCCACUCCAGACAGCCAUUCCGUCAUUGACACCGUGAGUGAGCAGGAUGAGGGGACCAUAACGCCAACAUCCAAGCAGACCACACCCACCACCAGCCCUCGGAAUUCCAUCAGGGUCUUGGAUGCCAACAAGAGAACCCCAGAACCCCGAGUUGUCAUCAUUAAAAAGUCCCAGGUGGAACUCGGCGUGCAGAUAUGUGGUGGGAACCUGCAUGGGGUGUUCGUGGCGGAUGUGGAGGAUGGCAGUCCUGCCGGUGGUCCUGAGGGGCUGGUGCCAGGAGACCUUAUACUGGAGUACGGUUCUGUGGACAUGAGGAAUAAAACAGCUGAGGAAGCCUACCUGGAGAUGCUGAAACCUGGGGAAAAUAUCCGUGUGAAGGUGCAGUAUCGUCUGGAGGAUUUCAGCAAGGUCAAGGACAUUCCAGGCGAUGGCUUCUACAUUAGGGCUCUGUAUGACCGACUGGCAGAGAUAGACCAGGAGCUGAGCUUCAAGAAGGACGAUAUUCUCUAUAUUGAUGACACCCUCCCCCAGGGUACCUUCGGCUGUUGGAUGGCCUGGCAACUAGAUGAGAAUGCCCAGAAGCUGGAAAGAGGCCAGAUCCCCAGCAAAUACAUCAUGGACCAGGAAGUCUCCAGGAGGCAUAGCAUGUCUGAAGUCAAAGACGAAAAUAAUUCAUCAAAGACUUUGUCAGCCGCUGCGCGGAGAUCCUUCUUCCGAAGAAAACAAAAGCACAAACGGAAUGGCUCUAAGGAUAGCAAAGAUUUGCUGGCUCUGGACACCAUCAGCACGGACUCCAUUCCCUUCCUGGAAGAUUCAGGCAGCUUGGCUUAUCAGCGGGUACAGAAGGUGGACUGCACUUCUCCAAGGCCUGUUUUGAUCCUGGGGCCGUUACUUGAUGCUGUGAAGGACAUGUUGGUGAAGGAGGCUCCUGGGAAGUUUUGUAGAUGUCCUCUGGAGGUGAUGAAAGCCUCCCAACAGGCCAUUGAGCGAGGGGUCAAAGAUUGUCUGUUCAUUGAUUAUAAAAGGAGAAGCGGCCAUUUUGAUGUGACCACUGUAGCAUCAAUAAAGGAGAUAACGGACAAGGACUGUCACUGUCUCCUGGACAUUGGUCCACAUGCCAUUGAGCGGCUCCAUAGCAUCCACAUCUACCCUAUUGUCAUCUUCAUCCGCUACAAGAAUGCUAAACAGAUCAAAGAACAGAGAGACCCCAUCUUCCUGAGGGACAAAGUCACACAGAGAUAUUCCAAAGAACAAUUUGAGACAGCUCAGAAGAUAGAACAGGAGUACAGCAAAUAUUUCACAGGUAUCGUCCAGGGUGGAGCCCUUGCUAACAUUUGCACUCAGAUCUUGACGACCGUCGAUGAAGAACAAAAUAAAGUCCUGUGGAUACCAGCUUGCCCACUAUAGACAGACAUUUUGCUGGGAAAUGCAGAACAUAUUCUUCCAAUGUAAAUAGAUGGCCAGACAGUAAAUAUUAUAUAUAUAUAUAUAUGUAUACAUAUAUAUAUAUAUUCACAGUUCUUCAUGAAGGGGAUUGAGACACUAACAUGGAUAACCAAAAGCACCUGCUUAAGUGGCUGAAUAAGACUGAAGCCUUGGCUGGCGGAAUUCAUUUCUCUCUCACUUGUGCAUUUAUUUCCUAGAGAGAGAGAGAGACACUGACUGACUGACUUCUAAUAUGAUGGGGGUACAAGGUAGACCAGCCUAUAUAUAUAUAUAUUUUUUAGCCGCAGAUUAUCAAUGCUGCAGAAAGAAUCUUCUAGAUCCACAAGUUUACAAACCUUUUCUAAGUAUUUGGUUGUUUAUGUUUACUUGAAUGUCCUUGUAUUGUGACCUGUUGUCUUCUUCUCUGCCAUUGUCCUCAUCACUUACUCUUGUGUUUCUCUUGUUAAGUCUGACUUUUUUUGUGUCUGUUCUCAGUGGAAUAGAAGGGAGAGGAUAAUGUGAGGUGGGGGAGGAGGGACUGGACUGUGGGUUUGUGCUGGAAUCAGUAGGGAUGGGGCGGGGAAAUCUGUGGGGUUUUAGAAACCUUUGGAAAUUCUUCUGGGACUCUAGGAUCAUAUCUCCUAACUUUACAGGGUGAUUCUUUGGUCCAGUUGGGGUGGCAGAAUCAGUGCCCUUUUAGGACAUGUAUUUGCCAGGGGAAAGGCCUCUCCUGCACUUUGGAAUUAUUUUUAAUUCCUCUGGUUGAAAUUGCUUCCUCCUCCCUCCUCUCCCUUACUCUACCUGCAUAGAUUUUAUAUUUAAAGACCUUAAUAUGAUCUGAUCAUUCUGUACUUAAUUUGUUAAGUAAUAAAGUAAUCAAUUUGGUUUUGGGGACUGGUGGUAGGGGAGGAGGGGGAAAGCCAGGCAGUAAACUUGGUCCAGUGCAUGCUGUUUGGUCAUUUUUAAACGUCUGUAAAUAUCAAUAGCUUUUACUGGUGCAAUUUUGCAGAAUAAUUCUUCUGCUUUGUCCUUCAGUGUGUGUAGCAGUCACAUAAUUGUGUUUUGUUUUGUUUUGUUUUAAAAUUUUGAUAUGAAAAUGGUCACAGUUUUGGGCUUUGGAUCAAAAGCCUUUGGUAGUGUUCACACUGUCUGGAAUCAGAAUAAAAUCAUGGGAUUUUUCAUAUCAUUUGCAACACUCAGUCAUGCUGUAUACCCAGCUCUAUGAUAAAGCAACAUCUUGAAUUUGCUUGUGCACUUCGAAAGCUUGAGUGGGUCCUGGCAGAAGAUUGCCUCUCCCUUCUCCAUCAACCAUUCAUUAUCUUUGUAGGUACUGUACUCUCUUUGGUUUAUCCCAUUUUAAUUUGAGAAGGCUUUAUGGACUGUUCCUAACAUUUCACUUUUCUAGUAAAAGGUCUUAAUUUUUUUUUUUUUUUUUAAGUUUUAGACUACAGGUUGUAGUUUUGUGCUUAUUUGCAUUUAAAAAAAAAUAAAAGGGAUUUUUUUUUCCUUGCACAAUUCCUCAGAAGAAAGAACUAUAUCAGACCUGAAUUUUGUUCCUUGUUUUACAGGUACACAUUUUCUAGCUCAAACUAUGUUAAAAAACAAAAAUAUAAAAAUAUUUUAAAAAAUAAAAAUAAAAAAAACAAACCACAACUGUAGAUUAUGUAUUGAUGCAUUACCUAAACGAAAUAGCUAUCAUAUUGAGGGGUAGCAGGGUUUUUGUUUGUUUGUUUUUUUGGUGUUUUGUUUUUUCUUCCCCUGAGUUGAGGAUAGAGUUGGACUUUGGUACGAUUAAAACAGACAGGUACUGUUCUGACCAGAAUUUUCUGUACUAAAACAAAAAAUUGUCACUUUGUAUAAAAAAAAACCAAAAAAGUUAAAGAAACUGAUUAGUAUGAUAAAUAAAGGUCAAUUUCUGUAA